UAUAUGUGAUAAUAUAUAUAUAAUCUAUACAGAAUUUUAGGUAGAGUCAAGCAAGCCGCUUCAGCUUACUAGAUUUACUAAUCAGAGAUCUAGUUUAAAAAAGUUACACUUACUGACUAAAAAAUACAUCAUACAUUACUGUAUAGAAUGCCUUAUGUGAUAAUAAGUACACAAGUUCGAUUGGACAUUGGGCCAACAGUUGUUGGGGAUGAAUGGAGUGACCCUGAACUAAUGGAAUACUUGGAUGCAGCACUAAUAAAACAGCUUGGAAAUAAUUACAGUGCCCAGUGGAGAACUAAUGAUGCACCAAGAGUAGUGUUGGAGAAACUGGAACUUCGUGGCUACAAACUGGCUGCCAUGGCUGGUGUUGGUCAGACCUGCAUAUGGACUCUUCACAAAGAGCCCAGUUUGAAAGAAAAAGCUCUCAGCAGUUCAAGCAGUGAUGCUUUUGAGAGCCCAAAAAUCGAAUAUAAAGGAGAUUUGUGAUUUCUUUUACAUAUUUUUUUUUAACUGUUGAUUCUAAAAAAAUGCAAUUUGGUUUAUAUCAUGAGUGUGAUAUAUUGAGAUUGUUUUCCCACUAAUUCAUUUGCUUGAACGAGGUUGUGCUUAAUGCUUUGACAAUUUUAACUAGUAGCAAUUAAGUUAAAGACCCUUUUGAUUAGUACAUUAUUUUAACCCUCAAACAACUUGUAUUUUUCAGCAUAAAAAAAAGUUUAAAAGGUGCAAAACAAAUAUGAUUAUUGAUUUUUUUAAUAACUUUUGAAAUAAUUUUGUGCUUGGUCUGUAAAAUUUUGUCUUCAGGCAAUUUAAAAAAAACAACUAAACAUCAUAUGUUUUUUAGAACUAAAAAAAAUUGUUUUUUCCUUUCUGCAAAUUAAAUGAAUAAGGUGCAUUAUUAUUAUAACAUAGAACACUUGAUAUACUUUGAUGUUUACUCACCCUAAGAAUAUGUACGAUACAGUAAGUCUCAGUAGUUCAAAAAAAUAAGAUCACUAAACUGAUUUGUUUCUCAUAUUCAGUAUAUCUUUAGAAUGUGCUCACUGCUAAAGUAAGCAAAAAAAAAAAGUUUCAAUGCUAUAAAUGCAGACUCUAUUAUUUACUUUAUUUACAUUUUUUUGUAAUCUCAAGUAAUUAACACCAAUUAAAAUUAAAAAAAUUGAGCAUGGUAAAUGUAUAAAUUAAAAUACAUUAUUGGUACCGGUAAUAGUCUAGUUGUAAAGCUUUAAGGUACAUGUUAAGUCUAGUUUCAACUGUCUAUUUUUUUUUACAAUCUUCUUUCAGUAUCAUCACUUAAGGCUAUGCUGUAUUACUUAAAAUUUUCAUAUCCUGUUUUUAUUAUUAUUUCAUUAUUUAGCAUCAUGUGCAGGGCCUAUAUAUGACAUGUAAAAUAACAGUUUGGUUAACAUUUUUACUGUCAUGCAAUUUUAAAAUAUUUAUAACAAACAUAUAUCUAAGCUUAUAAUGUAAUAUUAAGAAAUAUCUUUUUUUUUUCCUGUCUUAUAUUUUGUGAGGUUUUAAAAAUGAAAUGCAGCAUGUCUUUAAAUUUUUCUACCUACAAUUUAAGUAUUUAACAUGCCCAUUAACCUGGACAGUAUCAAUGACACCCCCACCCCACCCUUACGAGAGUGAGGAUUUGUUUGUGAUUACUUUAUUAUUUUUGUUGAAUUCAAUUCAAUAUUUAUUCAAAGCUAUAUUGUGUUCAACUAAUAUUUGACUGUUGUAAGCAAACCCUUUUUAUAGUGUUUAUGCUCAGUACAUGGGUUUUGGGGGUUUUUGGUUAGUGAAAUUUAUAUAUAUAUAUUAUUUUUGUUAUAGAUUUUUACAUUUUAGAUAAUAUUAUAUAUCAAAAUAUCACACAUUUUUUUAGCUGUUAGCUCUUAUGUAAAUCACAGCACAGAAUAUUUUUUUUUUACAAUAGUGUAUUGCAAUGUACAGUUUUGCUGAAUGUUUUUGUGAUUAGAUUAUAGUUAAGGUUAAACUUUCUAGUAUUCUUGUUUUUAAGUCAAACUAAUGUGUCCAUAAGCAGGGAUAAAAAUAGAGUAGCUUAUUUAGUACUUGUAGUCAAUUUUAUUUUAAUUAUUUUGUAUUUCAGGGAAAAUUGUUUAGUUUGUUGGGUUUUUUUUGGGCAAAGUUGAGAAUGUACUUUCACACUUAGUAAACUUUACUUUAGAAUUGUAGAAGAAUUAAUAAUGUAUGUAUAUUUUAAGAAUAUAUUUUUACAAUGCUUAUAUCAACUCACUCUGUCUGGUACAAAUUUAAACAUUUAUUUUCCUCAUAUUUUCCAUCUCGGAUCAAGUUGAAAAUUUGCACAAUUAUUUAUUGUUCCUGUUGAAACUUGAAAAGUUACUAAUUAGUUAAUUAAAUAGUGGUAAUUAAUUAAUUUUGUUUGAUAUUGAAAAGGGAAAUAAAUCUUACAGUAUUGAGCUAAGUGGCUGUAAAUAUGGAAUCCUUUUCCCUAAGGUGGGCUUUGUUUUUUUUUUUUUGUUUUUUUUUUAUUAAAGUAUUUUUUAUAUUUUGCUUGUUUUACUUAUGUGAUCUUAGCAAAAACUACAAUCCUUCCUCUUGUUAUUUGAUGAGACAGGCUCACUCCUUUAUUGCCAUACGAGUUUCACACUUAUUGAAGAAGAGUAAUGAGUUGACUCUUAAUAUUAACACUAAUAGUUGUACACUCUAGGUUAAUGUUGUAUAAGAAGUCAUGUGGAUGUAGAGACAUCUUUGAAACUUUCAGCAUCACAUUUCACUUACAAAUAUUGCAUGCCUCCUUCCUGAACUGCAAAUUUACUGCAAAUGAAAUUUUAUUUUUGUUAAGCUCUAUGUAUGUAAAAUAAAAUGACAAGAUUUUUAGAUGACAAAAUGCUUGUAUUCUGCACUUAAAUUCUGUUUAAUACAUUUUAUUUACAUAUGCAAUUUUCUUCUUUUGCAUUCUUAUUAUUAUGUUGGAGGGUUCAGAUAACUUGUCCCAUAACUCAGAUGAACUGCACCGUGGUUUCCAGAUCAGGAUGCUUUUCGUACAGUUUUGUGGCCAGUAUCUUGUUUGUGCCUCUAUAAAGUGAUGCAGCUCUGGGGGACAUGUUCAGCAUUCUCUGGUGACUAUUUCACUUGGGCAUGUUUUCUCAAUUUUCACCUUCUAGGUGAUGCAUUGUCUCAUUCUGUUGUGCCUGGUUCUGAGGUGAAAAAAAGAUACAUUGAACAUGUCCUGAUAACUUUUAGUAUGCAUAAUUUUUCUUGAAGUUUCAGUGAGAACUGGCCCAUUUUUGCUCUAUACUCUGGUUCUCUUUUUAUUUUCUUCAUCUCUUCUGAAUGGAGAGGAAUUUUCAAUUGAUUCCUCAUUCUUCCAUGUUUGGCCAAUAUAUCAGCUUUUUCAUUUCUUCUAUUUAAAUGUUUUGCUGGGGUCAAUUAAAGAUCAGGUGUUUUUUUCCUAUUAUUUCCAUUUUUUUUAAACUCACUACUUUCACUUUGUUAUUUAUUGUACAAGUUUCACAUUGAUUUCAGAUCAAUUCCCAUUUUGUGUUUCUAUAUUGGUAUAGGGCUGGUGUAAGUGGACAAUAUCAACAAUUAUCGUAUUGCAUUGCCUCUGCCUAAACGUCAUCUAAACUGUGAUCUGAUAUUUUAAAGCUCAAUAUGUUAUGUAUCAGACUUUCCAUUUAUAGAAAUGUCCAACUUGUCAUUUCGCUUGAAGCAUUCCAAUUUAGAUAAGGCACAAACGUGAAUUUUAAGUAGCUUUUCUGUUUUGCUUUGCCUGACUUAAUCAAAAUCAGGAUUUGAAUUUGCUUUUGAAAGCUUAAAUUUAAUUGUAGAAUUUUUUUUAAAACAAAAAACAAAUUUAAAAACUACAAAACUUAAAAUUCAUUUAGUAGCGAUGAUUAUCAAUGUUUGUGGAUGUAAAUAUAUGUUUGAAACAUGUUCAUAGCUGUAGAUUUGUACACGACAUAGAAUUUUGGUGUAUAAAUUACUUUAUUGUUAUUUUUUUAAUUAUAACAUUAAUCAAUCUAAAGUUGUUUUUCAUACUGUAGGAGAGAGUUCUUAAAAAAUGUGUUCAAAUUUUCAAUAAGAAGGUAGAUGACAGUAUUUCUCUUUAUUGUUGUGUUGGACUAAACUCACACAAGUCACCUCAGGAAGUAAUAAACUAGUCAGUAUGAUUUUGUUAAUCUUAAACCAUGUAUGUAUAAUUUUAUUUCUCUUUUUGAGUUCAUGCUGGCAAUAAAAAAGUUAAUAAAA